GGACGUUAGAGCAUGGCAGAGCGAUUGAGAGGACAACUUGGGAUUUGUACAAGAGCACUAUGGAAGGUCCCCGGAGAGUCUUGUCUAGCUGACGGAAGGAGGAAGAACAGAUUAAUCUGCAUGAUUUUUAAUGAGUGACUUCUGCGAUGCUUCAGUGGUGAUUGUGGGCAAGGCUUUCCUUUCUUUCUUCUGAAGGAUGUGAUUUGCUCUAUGCGAUGACAGGUACACUUGUGCCACAAAGGCCGGCGCUGUGGAUUCUUUGUGUGGUUUGGAUCGCGGCCUCGGCAGGGGACCUUCCUUGUCCAAAAGGUAGCCGGAUCCACCUGGCCAGCCUGCGAUGCUAUUGGCUCUCUGAGAGGACAUCUCUGUGGCCCGAGGCUCACGAUUUAUGCAGAAAGACUCCGGGAGGAGAUCUGGCUUCUGCUGGUAGUCUCCAGCUGCUUAACUUCCUCCAUUACUCCUUUCCAGUGGAAACCACAGUGUGGAUAUGGCUGAAGAGAGAAGGGUCUGAGAAUCAGGGGGGGUGUCCUCAGAUGGCCCUGGGGACGCGGGGACAGUGGAGGGAGACUCAGUGCGUUGGACACCAACGCUUCCUCUGUGAAAAACAACUAACUGAGUCUCUACCUUCCGCGGACAGUUACCUGGCUGGAUUGGCUCUAAUGAGCGGCAUCUAUGCCCAGACCCACAUACCGCUGUCCCCCAGCGUCCCAGACACCGGGCAGCUCUCAGUUGAGAUGCAGCUAUUCCCAGGGAUUUGGUUCAGCCACGCAGGUCAGUUGAUAUCCGUGGAGCUGGUGGUCCAGCCCAGCCCGGCUUCCUCUCUGGCCCGGGUCCAGAUCCUCCGACCCUACUGCAACCCCAACCAACACCUAGUGCCUCCGGGUUGCAGCACUCUCCUCAACCCGUUCAGCUGCUGCUCGGCCCUACCACUGUGUAACACCACAGGGGGCUGCAGCGUGGGCCAGUACUGGUGCCACCUGCUGGAGGGCUGUGCGCCCCACACCAGUCCGUGCAGCUCCUACGACUCUGCAGCGGGGGCCCGCGGCUUCGCUUUACCACCCAGAUACCUUGCGAUACCCCCCUUUUACCACCUGGUUGCAGACCUGCCUCUUAGAAUGAACCCGAGUUCUGAACUCAACAGUCUAAGUCUGCUCCUUCCAGAUGGAGCGAUCACGGUCUACCCCGAUGAUGUCGUUGCAAUACAGCACACUCGCGACCCUGGUACAUUCCUACAUUGCCUGAACAGUGAAGCCUCUUUAAACUCCUCCUGGCGCCAGAGUUACAUGUCCCUGAGGAGGCCAGAGUGGGGAGGCUGGUGGGAGGGGGGCCUGACGUCUCUCCCCCAAGGGGGCCAGUGGGUGGACGGGGUGGUGUGUGAUCUGAGAAUGCUGUACGUGGACAAUCUUCACAGAGCUGAUGACAGCUUCGGGUUUGCUCACAAAGAGACGACGGCGGCCCCGGAGAUCCGGGCCCUGACGACCGCUCCUACCCCAACAUCUCAAUUCGGCCUUCACGUCAUCCAUCCCGUGCCGGAUGACAAGAACCAGAUUCAUUUCCAGAUCAACGUCCCAACACUGAUUGUUAUCAAGGUCCUGCAUGGAGGGAAGGCCAGCAGCUCAUGGUCAGCUCCAGUUCUCCAGACUGGGGUCCCCUUCCUUUCAUCUUGCCCAGAAGAGGUGGCUCAGUCUUGGGAUGGCUGUAAGACAGAGUCUCCGGAUGCCUGGUUCUCCUCUGCGACCCUAGUGUUGCCCUCAGUCGGGCUUCGAACGCUCAACAUCAGUGUGAAAGAUGCGGUGCGCUCGCAGACUGUAAGUGUGGGGAUUUGUGGCUACGAGGCAGUGACGGGGCUCAGUGUCGAGCCACAUGGAUGCUGGAGGAUGCUCUGCGACAUUCCACAGACUUUUACAGUCAAAGUGGAGAGUGGUUCCUCAGUGGAGUUCAAAUGGGUGAUCGACAACUUGGAGACGUUUUCCCAUGAAGGACAAUCUUACAGUGUGGUGUUCAAGAAGCCUGCUGGUUAUAAGCUCAGGGUGACAGCUUCCAACCCUGUGAGCUCCCAGAGCCAACAGGUCCUCCUGACAGCUGAUGACCUCACCCCGCUGGCUGAGCCAGAGUUCCUGUUAGACAGCGCGGUCGUAGCUGUGGAUGCUGCGCACAGCUACAGCGUGAGGGUCAAAUUGCACGUCUCCCUGCCAGUCAGCAUCAGAUGGGAUUUUGGGGAUGGCGGCAGAGAGGUGAUCCACAACCACUCUGCUCCGUGUCAGAGCGCGGAGGGGCUUUCGAGAGGAGAUAUGCAAGUAUAUGUAAAGGACUCGGUGAACUAUACCUAUCCCAUCCCAGACGACUACACACUUCGAGUCCAAGCCUUGAACCAAUACGACAUCACUUAUGCGUCACUGAAGAUAAGCGUCCGCCCGCAAUUAAACCACCUUCUCAUUUCCUCUUCCGUUCCCGUGGCCCUCGUCGAACAAACUCUCUUUCUGGAAGCUUCCGCAGAGCCUUCCACUUUCGCUGUUGUCUACACGUGGGACUUCGCAGACGGCUCUGAAGUUGUACAAGGCAUCCACCGCAGGGUCAGCCACGCAUUCGCAUCGGCAGGAGUUUACAACGUCACGGUGUGCGCCAACAACGCUCUUACUGCCAUGACCACCUGGCUCCAGGUGGAAGUGAUGGAGGAAAUCUCUGGAUUAACACUGAGCUGCAACGGACCCAUUGAGCUGAGCUCUGCAACAGAUUUUAGAGCGACAGUAGCCACUGGUACGAGUCUCAUGUGGAAUUUUGACUUCGGUGAUGGGUCCCUAGAAGAAAACCGUACAGACGGUUCCAUCUGCCACGUUUACGAAUUGCCCGGGAACUAUACAGCAGAUGUAACUGUCUCCAAUUCUGUGAGCCAAGCCCAUCAGUCUAUUGGUGUGGAAGUCUAUAGAUUGACAGUCAGUGGAGUUCUGCCUGCAGAAUGUGUCAUGAGCGGAAGAGACGUACCACUUAGCGCUCGGGUGAAUGGGAACAUAUCCGACCUGACUUUCCAUUGGAUGUUUGGAGAUGGAUCCCCACCGACCGUAGUGACGGGACAGUCGACGGCCACGCACACAUUUCAAAGCCAAGGGAUUUCUUAUGUCAGCCUGACUGUGUUUAGUUCUGUUACAUCUGUGUCUUUUAAUACAAGUAUCUGUGUUGAAGCGCCAAUAACCAACAUGACAGUGCUGUCAUCACAGGAAGUAGUAGCAUCAGGAGGAGAGGCAUGCUUCAGGGUGUUAGUCUCACCUGUACAGAUGAACGGUUACCAAUUUCAAUGGUUUAGCAGCACAUCGAGUGCUGCACAUCGAGUCCCCAUUGCCAAAGCAGAAGGCGCUCAAAAGUGUUUUAUCUUUGAUGACGAAGGUGUUAAAGAAGUAUCGGUACUGGCAAGUAACAAAGUCAGUAACAAAACCGCCAGGGCCUUUGUCACCGUUCUAAAUCCUGUGAGCAAGCUGUCAGUGGCGCAUGACAGUGAAAGUGGCACGGUGACAGCAAAUACGUUGGUGUCAUUUUGGGUUUUCUCUUGCACUGGCAGUAAUGUGUCAGUACUGUGGGACUUUGGAGAUGGAUCCCCGGCAGAACGAAGGCUUAAUGUGUCACAUGCCUUUACUUUGGCAGGUCAGUUUACGGUCACAGCCACAGCUUUUAAUGCCGUAAGUCGUGAUUUUGUGACCCUUAAAGUCAGCGUUUUACUUCCUAUUUCAGACAUUUCCCUUUACACCAACCAGCCGUAUGCUGUUGUGGGAGAAGAAAUUAUUAUCUCAGCAGUUAGCAGUGCUAUCAGUAGCACAAACUACUACUGGACUGUUGACGGCAUAACCUCGAUGAAACAGGGGACUUAUCAAUUUAGAUUUGUUUUCCGGAAACCAGGGGUUUCUCAAGUGAGGGUUAUAGCACAGAACCUGGUGAGUAGAAAGGAAGCAGCUGUUUUGGUUGAGGUCUUUGAAAGAAUAGAAGGUAUUCAGAUCAAAUGUCCGAGUCUGACAAACAUGAAAUACAUACCAACCCAAGAGGAACUGCUCUUCACUGCUUCCAUCGCCAAGGGCUCCAAUGUCACUUAUCACUGGUCUGCUACACCGAGCAGAGUGACCCAACAGAUCUCUGGUGAUGGAGAGCUUUUCCAUUUGUUUGCUGAAACUCCUGGUGGGAUUUCAGUUCAGCUAAGGGCUUGUAACAAGUUGGGGGAGGCCACAAGCGUUGUUUCUUUAGUGGCGGUACAGCCUGUAACAGGUGCACACAUUACAGCAGAGUCGAACAUCGUGGCAUUAGGGAAAUUAGUAAAUAUAUCUGUAGCCGUGGUUACCGGUUCAGACCUACAGUACCAUUGGUACGUGGAAUCUGAUCUUCCGCCCUUGCACACCCAAGCGCCCUUUCUACUCCACACUUUUUCAAGUGUUGGUCGUUGUCUUUUUAAAGUUUCGGUUCACAAUGUCCUCGGUUGCGUCAAUGUCACUAAAGAGUUUAAUGUGCAAGAGGAGGUCCAAGAGGUGGACUUUGAAAUAGAGGGAAAGACUCAUCCCUUUUAUGUUGCCACAAGUGUCGCCGUUCAACUCUGUGGGCUUAUCCGGAAGGGUAGUCAUCUGCACUGGAACUGGAAAAUUAGAGCUGCUAUGCUUUUUAAUGCUUCUAAUCAGUCCGUUAGCUACACAUUUCCAUGUGAAGGCAUCUAUCAGCUGUCUUUGAAUGUCUCCAAUGGUAUAAAUUGGCAGACGGUUUCACACAGUGUCGCAGUGGAGGAUGCGAUCGAAGGACUAAUGCUGAGAGUUUCUGAGUCUUCUUUCUGCACCGAGGAAGAAGUCACUUUUAUUCCAACGAUCUCCAAAGGAAGCAAUGCAAGCUUUGCUAUAACAUUUACAAACAACGACUGGAUCCAUAGUCAGGGUGUUCUCGAAGGGAGGUUCACCACAUCGAGCCUUCCAGCAGGGGCGCAUGUCGUUACAGUCAAAGGUUGGAACCACAUCAGUAGUGCGGAGGUAUCAUCCAGCAUUCUGGUGACCGAGCAUAUUCAAGGUUUGCGGCUUGUGAACUCUAGUUCAGAUCCUCUAGAGGCUCUGAAAGGAUUCCAGUUCAAGGCAGAAGUUCAAAGUGGUUUUCCGGUCAACUACACCUGGAUAUUUCACUUGACGGGGUGUAACCCCACCUGGCUCACAGGACAGGAAGUGAUCUUUACUCCACCACAGAGUGGUUUACUGUCUUUCAGUGUGCUGGCAACUAAUGGGAUCUGCUCUAGGUCAUUAAAUAAUACUGCCACAGUCCAGUGGCCUGUUAAGGAAGUCAAACUUGUCUGCCAUUCAGAAAGAAUAUUUGUUGGACAUGCUGUUAGGUUUUCUGCAAAAGCGAAUGGUAGCAGUCGCAGAUACCUCUGGUCCUUUGGAGACUCCGCUGAAGCAUUGGUGACUGACUUGAGCACGGUCAGUCAUACUUAUUAUAGUCCGGAGAAAUACAGUGUUACGGUCAAGGUUGUCAACAGUGUCAGCAAUGUGUUUGCACAAAUACACAUAGAGGUGGAGGAGCCCAAGUGUCCAAGUCCUAAAGCUGCCAUUGUUCAGAGCCGGUCUACUAUCUUCAGCUCCAGACAGAACUUCUUUGAAGCAAGCGUGGACAUUAACUGCUCCGCCUACAAAUCCACAUACCUAUGGGAGAUAGUCAAAGGGUCAGAUUGCACUAGUUUAGACUCCUCUGGGGACGAAGUUGCUCUUAGAAGUCAGGUAGAUGCAACUUCCCCUUUUCUCUUCCUCCCGAAGCAUACUCUUGGUGUGGGACGGUAUUGCCUGGUAUUCACAGUUGCACUUCAGGGAACUCCUCUAGUUGACAGACAAAAAACCAGCAUCACAGUGGUCCACUCAAUGCUCGUAGUUGUAAUUAAGGGUGGAUCCCACAGACUGUGGCCCAGCCUCAGUGACCUCAUCCUGGAAGGAUCCGAGUCCCAAGACCCUGAUGUAGAGCCUGGGGUGGAGGACACAUUGCAGUAUCACUGGACCUUCAUGACAGCGAACUCCACGGGUUGUGAUUUGGUGCAGCAGCCCAUUGGGAGUAACAGCAGCAGAAUGACUGUACUGAGCACUCAGCUGCAACCAGGCACAAACUAUGUUUUCACCCUCACUGUACACAAGGCAGGGAGGAAGCCUGUCUCUGUCAACCAGACGGUUACUGUGUGUGAAGCUCCUGUGCUUCCUGUGAUUGUGGAGUGUGUGUCCUGCUCUGUCCUGUCCCCCCAUCACUACAUUAAUUACAACAGCCCCAAUAUUCUUUCUGGUCAAUGUGGACAGUGUGAUGACCAGACUCAGUACAAAUGGAGCGCAGAGGACCAGACUGGUGUAACCCUUGACCUUAAUGAGGCGUCCACCUCCACAGGGAGACAUUCACCAAACUUGGUGGUGCGUGCAGGUGUCCUGCAGGCAGGCCAGAGUUAUACCUUCACUCUCAAUGUAUCCCAGCCUGGCACAGAGCUGUGGGGCAGUGGCAGCCUGACGAUACGACCCAACAAUCCACCACACGGAGGCCUGUGUGAUCUCAGUCCAGAGUCAGAUAUACGUCUGCUGGAGACGGCGGUCACCUACAGCUGCUCAGGGUGGCGAGGGAGAGGAAGCAGGGCCUCUCAGCUGAUCUAUACCUUCCAAGCAGCACCGUGCCAGUCCACUAGCACGGCGUGCCCGCUGCUCACUUUGUACAGGGGCACUCGUUCAACAUUUGGCAGUCUGGUUCCAAUGGGAAGUCCGGGGCGAAAAAGAAAUGUGUCAGUGAUCACCGUUACUCUGCUGAUAGAGGACCACCUGGGGGCAAAGGUCAUUGCUCUGAACAGAAAGUUGACUGUUGAAACUCCUCAAAGGGACGAAAAUGCCAGUCGGUGGCUGAGGAACAAGAGCCGGACACAGCUGUGGGCUUUAGUCCAACGUGGCAACCCUCAAGAGAUCAUCCCCUAUUCCAUUGCCCUCACCAGCCAGCUCAAUCAGAUGGAGUCUGGGCGGACUGUCUCGGAGCUCAUGGACAGAAGGGAAAUCCGAGAAAACGUGACCCAAGCCCUGGCCUCCCUGCCGGUGAACUCCUGGCUGAAUGUCGAUCAAAUCAGCUCUGCGUUGUCACAGUCUACUGCAGUUCCCAGUGAACUGAUAAGUGAAAAGAGCCAUCAGAAGGUUAUGGAAUCUGUGGGGAAGAUGAUCCAUGUCAUGGAGGAGCAGAUGAGUCCUGGUGUUUUCUCAGCUCUGGAAACUGGGAGGAACAUUCUCAACGUCAUAGGUAGCACCCUGGCGGCUGUGUCCCAGUCUGUCAGCGCUUCCAGGUCUCACCCAGCCGGCACCCUGCAGUCGGGUCCCACGAUCACCCUGUCGGCCCUGGGUCACGCCGGGGGCCUGAUGCGCUCUGUGAUGCAUUUGCAUGUUCAUGGCGAGACCCCCCUCUCGCUUUCCACCGCUUAUAUCAACACGGUGGGUUUCCGUGGCGACCCCUCCGGCCUCCUCUGCUCGCACCGCUCCGACCAAAACCACAUUCUCGCCUCUCAGUCAUCAGCAAAUGGCGGAUCGAAGACUCGCCCAUGUGACUUCCAUAUUCCCGCCUCACUCACCGCUCACCUGAAGAGUCAGAAGACCGAAGUGGUGCAAGUUGUGUUUGGUGUGGGUGCAGACUUGGGAUCCAACUCAUUACUGACUGCGGCCGAGCCCCCCAUUUCCACCGCUCUGGUUGGCAUGGAGCUCACCACCCCUCAGGGCCAACCCAUACACAUCCAGGAUCUGGAACCCAAACAGGCCAUUCGGGUCACUCUGCCCAACAAAUACCCUUUGGGACAGGGCGAUGGGGGUGGGGAUGGGAGGGUGGGUGAAGCUGGGAAUGGGACGUGUCUUACUGUGAUCCUACCAAACAAAGGGAUGUUGAACCUUACAGUCAAAGCUGUGGAUGGACUCGAUGAAAACGCAGGGUUAUAUAUCUCCUUCAACUUCAGUCUGGACCCAGGAGCUACCCCAGUGAGUUUGGGACAUGUAAAGAUAGAAGUGAGCUCUACAGUACCGGGGACCAAUGCAUCCCUGGUGAGAGUGUGGCCUCUCACUCUCGCUGCUCCAACCAUCUCCGCGGAGGAAACCAUAUUCCUGUCCCCACUUUUGGACGGGACAGAUGAAACCCUCUCUGUCAACCUGACCUCGUCUCUGGGUGGCGGCGGUCCGGCGCGUGUGUCGGUGUGUGUGUUCAGCUCGCUGUGCCAGUACUACAAUGUGGAGGAGAGGUGUUGGAGCAGCCGGGGUCUACAACCCCUGGAGGGCAGCACGCUCCACUCGGCACACUGUCUCACCCGGCACCUCACCAUGUUUGGGGCCAGCCUAUUCGUUCAUCCUGGGGCAGUUGUUCUUCUGCCUCCGCCAGGCGGUCCCAUGCGUAACAUAGUGGUGGGGAUUGUGUGUGCUGUCCUGGUGCUGAUUCAUGUGCUGGUGGGGCUCAUCGCCCAUAAACUGGACCACUUGGACAGCUUGAGACUCAGCCAGGUCCCUCUGUGUGGCCGACCGGGGAUGUACCAGUACAGAGUACUGGUCAAGACCGGCUGGAGGCGAGGAGCAGGCACCACAGCACACGUUGGCAUCAGCCUGUACGGUGUGAACAAGAGCGGCUCUCGCCAUCUGCAGAGGCAUGGAGCUUUUCAGCGUGGCAGCCUGGACCAGUUUCACCUGGAGACAGACAACAACCUGGGAGAAGUUUGGAAAAUUCGUAUCUGGCAUGAUAACACAGGCCUAGAGCCGUCGUGGUACGUUAAGCACGUCGUGGUUUGGGACCUUCAGACAGACCACAUGUUCUUCUUCCUGCUGGAGGACUGGCUCUCUGUAGAGAAUCAGAAGAACGGCUCGAUGGAGAAAGAAGUUCUGGCCUCAUGUCCCGAGGAGCUUUCUCAGUUUCGACGGGUCUUCACCUCCCAGCUGAAGUUCGGGAUGGUUGAGCACCACCUGUGGCUGUCGCUAUGGGAACGCCCCGCCCACAGCCGCUUCAGCCGGGGUCACAGGGUGACAUGCAGCGCUCUCAUGCUGCACCUCUACCUGGCACUGGGGGCUCUGUGGUACGGGGCUGUUGGCACAGAGAGGCACAGUGGACCGGUGUCGGCCCGCCUGCUGGUUGAUGUGGAGGCGAUUGCCGUGGGGAUGACUGUCGCUGUACUAGUGUUUCCUCUCCAGUGUUUCCUCUGUUUCAUGUUUAGAAAAGCUCACCGUCCGGUAACCGUGGACACAUCAGCUCCCCCUUCUCCUGUCUGUCACUCUGUAGAGAUGGACGUGUACCUCGGCCAAUCGGCGCUCUCCGCAUCUUCCUUCCUGUCUCUGUCGGACUCCUCCGGUCGAGUGCGAGACAGUCCUUCAUCUUUACUGGAGAGCAAGGCGCUUGACUCCAGUAUUCUAGACUUUUGGGCUGCAUCCGGCUUAGCGCCUCAGAAGGAUGGAGCACUUCGAGAGGUGGGAAUGGAAACAUGGCCGUCCUGCGACAGCCUCCUCAACCUACCAGCAGACCCACGCCUCACCAAGACAACCCCCAACCUCUGCAAAGCUUCCCCUGUUCUAGGCCCUGCACGCCAGCUGAGGAGGAAAAAGGCCCUGAUGCAGCUCCAGCUGGCCUCGCCCUCCUCCCCUGGCGCGCCUGCUGCUCUUUCUCGCACACAUUCCCUUUCAAAAGACAUUAACAGUUCUCACAAAUCCCCUGCUUCCCAGGACAAAAAGGUCCACGCCAUGAAAAACAACUCAGUGCAAGCUCACAGGAUCAAUCUGACUACGUUUCUGACUUUGUCUGAGGAGGAUCUACUGAUGUCUAUAGCAGCGGAGGACACAGCAGAUACAACAAACAGCAACUCAGACAGCGGCUGGGAUUCCCCUAGAGCCACCUCCUCGCUCUCAACCACCCGGAGUACCUCAUGCAGCAGCUGGUCAGAGCAGAGUGAGGAGACAUACGGUGCAGAGGUCUACAAGCCGGGUUCACAGUCCUUUCCCGGCCUGCACGGUGCAGGACUCUACAAGUGUCCCUCAGUGCGAUCCGUAGACUCCGUGGCCAGCACCUUCCUUCCCAGCCCGUCUCCUGAAUCCACGCGCUCCUCCUUCACCACACGCAUAGGAGUUGCUCGGGCUCAGCCUGGUUGGCUGCUCCCUCCUUGGGCCCUGCGUGUGAUUUACCCCUUGGCGGCCCUGCUGCUGGGAGCGUGCCUGGCUGUCGUCGGACUCUACGGGAGCUUCUGGUCCAGAACGGUGGUCCUCAUGUGGCUUGUGUCUGCUCUCUCUGCCUUUCUGGCCUCAGCUCUGCUACUAGAACCUCUCAAGGUGUGUGUGCAGGCGUUGAUUCACACAGCACUGCGGAGGCCUGUGGACCCGGAGGUGGAAGAGCAGCUGGCUCAGGAGAGCACUGUGGUGAGGGCGUUUGGUGAGCCUGGGGGGAAGGUCCGACCACCAUGUGGCUACGGGCUGCUGCAGGCCAAAGUCGAGGCCCGCAAAGUCCGAGCUCUGGGAUCACUGAUGAGGCACUGUGUGUGCCAGCUGUUCUUCCUGUUGCUGGUGCUGUUGGUGAACUACCAGGACGCCAUGGAGCAGAGGCAGGGCAGGCUGUUGCACUCCGCUGUCAGGCGCCGUCUUUACACGGCGCCCUUGGGGGUCCCUAACCUCACCUCCCUCAGAGGCUGGUCAGACGCAGAGCAGUGGAUCAACCACACCUUGGUGGAGCACUUGCACCAAAACCCUAUACUGCGCCUCGUUGGAUCGCCCCGGCUGCAGUUCGCACAUCUCCUCAUUCCCAUGCAAAGUGUCUUUCUGGGAAACAGCAGUGCAACAACACGCCAGCUCAUAGCUGACUUACAUAUGGCCGACUGGGGAAAGAAACAGUUUAAAACCCUUUCAAUGGACUUCACACACUACCACAGAGAGUCUGGCUUGUUUGUGAGCGUGUCCAUGGAACUAGAGUGGGCUCAGUUACAAGACGUCACCCCCUUUCUCUCCAUCCUUCCGCUCCACAUCCCUUCAUCCCGCUCUGGACUGGACCUGCAGGUGGCCCUCACGGUUCUCCUUCUCAUGUCUGCUCUCCUCAUCUUGUUUGGAGAGCUGUGGUCCAUGGCCCCUGAGUGUGCCCAGGAUCUGCCUCAGUGCAGACACUGGUCCCAGCUUCUCCUGGCUUUGUUGUCCCUGGCAACGGCUAUCAUGCACCUCUGCUCCUCGUCCCAGGCCAAGUACUGUGUUUCCAAGCUCCGAUCCCAACCAGACAGCUUCAUCGACUUCCACCGUGCCGCCGUCCUGGCGCAGCACUGUUCUCAGUGCGCCGCCGUCCUGCUCACUCUCCUCGUUCUAAAGCUGCUGGGAACGUUGAGGUUUGCGCGGAGGUCGGUGGUGUUGGGCAGAGUGCUGCAGAGAGCCUGGAGGGAGCUGUGGGCUCUGACCGCCCUGCUGCUGUUGUUGCUGCUGCUCUGCACCCACCUUGGGAAUGUGCUCUUCUCCCGUUCAGAGGAGAGCUCCCUGUCGCUACGUCAGACCGGGCUGUCAGUGCUGUCCAUCCCGGCGGGGCGGAUGGCUCUCCAAAGACUCUGCAGGCUCCACCGAGUCUUGGGCCCCAUCUAUGGGCUGCUACUGAAGGGGGGGUGUGUUGGGUUUUUAGCCAGACUCUGGGGAGCUGUUUUCAUCCGUGCAUACAGGGAAGAGCAGGCUGAACUGUACUGUCCAACCAGUGAACCUCAGGACUAUGAAAUGGUGGAAUUCUUCAUUAAGAGAUUCAAACUGUGGAUGGGACUCACCAAAACCAAAGAGUUCAGGCACAGGGUGAAGUUCGAAGGCAUGGACGUCCCUCCUUCCAGGUCUUCACGGGAGUCCCCUCUCUCCACCCUGUCUUCCACCCUGCCCUCUUCCAGUUCCCCUUCCCUGUCCUCCUCAUUCUCGUCCCCCCGUCCCUUGUCCUCGUCUCUCUCCGUGAGGUCUGACGACUCGUCAGUGUCUGAGGCCGGGUUCGACGUCCGACCCCACCUGGACCGCCUGCUGCCCUGCGUCAGUGCACUGCUCUCUCGUUUUGACCAGGUCAAUCAGAUAACGGAGGACGUUCACAACCUGGAAAUUAAACUGGAAGAGGCUCAAACCAGCAGGAGGAAGAAGUGGAUCAGUAACAAGGACAAAGUAGUAGAAAUGUUGGGAGAUCCAGAGAGGCCAGAGGAACUGAAAGGAGAACAAAGCGAAACGGGAGAAUUUAGACACAGGAAGAAAAGCGUUUUUCACCUCACGCAGCGAAUCUCCGUUCCAUCCUCGUUCUGUUUCGCCCCCUCCACGGCGCACUCCUCUGCUGCACCGGUCUGCAGGAAUACCCGCACACAUAGCAUCUACUCUGAGUCCGGAUUGGUGUCAUUCAAGCUUCACGCCGCCAGCAACGACCGUGCUUCUGAAGCAGCCAAGCUUGUAUCUGGAAUCUCUGGUCCAUAUCCGGAAGAUUCCUCUGCAGACGGCGGGUUCCCCCGCAGGAGAGCUUGGCAUUCUGGGAGCUCACAUUCAGCUGACGUGGCCCAGCGGAUACUCCGUCCACACGGUGAAGUUGUUCCAUGUGACAACAGAGGAGACGAUUUAGCAUUUAAUAACAGCAGACCCAGAAGCGAAGAAGGGUUGAGGCAGCAUCUCAAUGAUGGAGUCCCCGUAAAGAGGAAGGCUUGGACUGAGCAAGACUGACUUUGGGUUUGGCUCGGAAGAAGACUGAUGGGAGAAGAUAUCUGUAGUAGUUGACAUCUACUCUACUGCUUUUCUGGAACUGCAUGUUAAAAAACUGGUUGUAUGUGUUCGAAUUGUUUUCUCGCGUGGGCCAUUCAGAACGGGUUAAAGGGCCUCUGAUUUGGCACUCAAGUAUGAAUUCAUGAGCCCGCUGAAGAUACUUGAUCCAUGGUUCUGGAAGAGUUGGUCAGUUCUAAAAAAGUAACCCACAGGAUGUCAUCAGCGGAAUAGUGGCUUUGUUUUUUGAAACACCUUUUUAGGGUUUGGUGUCUGAGUGGGGCUAGACUUGUCUGUGUAAGUCAAUUGACUUACACUUGAUUGUCGUUAUUGCUUAUAUUGACGUUUUUUUGCUCAAACCCCGGCAAUUAUUUUGGCCAAAAGCCUGAUGGCCUUACACUUGAGAAGAGAAAUAAGAAAUGCAAUAUUUGUAAAACAUGUAAUGUUACUUUAGGAAAGUUGUUACUGCACAUAACUGUACCUUAACUAUUCUUUACCUUAUUUCAUAUCUGUAAAUGUAGUUGUAUCUUCUUACACGUUUGUAUGAGACUGGAUGGAUGUUUUACUCUGCAGACAAUUAAAGAACAUUUUGUCUAAAAGGA